AUGAGCGACUCCAUGCUGUCGAGUUCUGCGCCAGUCGGCCAGAGGGGCGGUGGUUUCAGUGUGAAUUUACGAAUGACCGUGCCGGUGAACUCAUGGAGAGAAGUCAGUGGAGCGUGUCUUGUGGGCGCCUCGAACAACCUUGUUGUCGAUGCGGUCCCCUCGCUGUAUCAUAGACGGGAGGGGCCACAGCCUUUGAUUGUGACGGGACCGAGCGCCGUGCUUUGCCAGUGGCUUUCAGGUCGAACUCUUCUACACGAAUCACUGAAAGAGAAAUGGGAGGCAGCACUACGACGAGAAAAGUCACAGUACGGCUGGUGGCGGUUGUGGAAGCGGUUCUCGCUGUGGAUGAAGACGUUCCCCGAUAUAACAAUCUCGGCCACAGUGACUUACGUCGAUUUCACUGAUGGUGAUGAAAGCCCUUUCGCAGCGCCGUGGUUCACAGCUACAUUUGCGUACGAACCACCUCCUCCCCGCGACGGCUUCGGUAUUUUCGACGACAUUGUGGGACACUUCGCCCCGUACCCUGGUGCCGCCCCUAAAGAAGUCACUCUACUUUUGAACCCUUCUUCCACAUACAACAUGGCCUUGCCGAUGGAUAAGCAAUCGACCAGUGUGGAGGAGCAAAUUAUAAAUGUUCUCAGCGCUCUCGGGAGAGACGUGGAGCAUCCACAGCAGACGCGUGCAGCGUUCCAUGUGUUCCGUAGCUCGUAUGUGGACCAGCCAGUUACGAUGACGUUGAAACUGGCAGAUUUUUGGAAUUAUGGAGGGGACUGCAUGAUCCGAGGGGUAUUCCUCGCACAACUUUAUGACCGAUACCGCACCAUGUGCGCAGUGGUCAACGAUGCUUCCAGGGAUUUUGUGACGGCAUAUAUUUCGGAUAAAAUUGAUAUUUUCUCAUUGUCGGUGAGGCAAAUGGAUUUAUUUUCAGGUACAGUGCCAGCUAUUACCGCAACGAUCAGUGUCAAGCCGCCUCCCGGGGCUUACAAUACCUACUUAGAAGAACUGCAGGGGCAAUCGGUGGAACUGGGGAUUUUGAGUGAUCCAUCUCUACGGAAGAGAUUUUCUCAAGCACAAAAGAUUUUGGCCAAUUUUAGGUGGUUGAGGGCAAAGGGCCUGGUCGAGGGCAUUGCCAACCCUGAAAUUUUUCUCGGUUCUCUUCCGUGA